AUGUGGGGACUUAGAAAUGUUGGAGAGAUUGUCAACGUUCAAGAAGUUUAUGAUGGGUACCCCAACAUAUUCUCUAUUGAACUUCAUCACGGAGGGAGUUUCACAAAGUUUCCAAAUAUCAGGUAUAUUAAUGUCCAAGUAAGGUACUUUGAUGUUGUCGACAUUGAUGAAUUUUCUAUUCAUGAACUAGACUUGAUGAUGAGAGAAUUAGGGUAUGAUGGUACUGAAAUCAUGUAUUACCAUUUCCGUUUACCUAAUGAAGGAUUUGACUUUGGACUCCGAGCAUUAGGUAACGAUGAUGAUGUGCGUAAUCUCUCACGGUAUGUUACCCAUAAUAACAAAAUGAUUAAAGUGAACACAGAGCAUGGUCAAACGAACUUGCUUACAUAUUUUAUGUCCCCAACUGGUCCAAGAAGGGUUAUAAUAGAAGACAUGGAGAAGCUGGAUUCCAUUAGACCCUCAUCACCUGUAGUUGCUCAUGAAGUGGUAACUCCAAUCCAAAUUGAUGUUGGUGAGGGUGAUUUAGGGUUAGCAUUAACCUUGUACAAAUCAUCAACACCUGAAUUUAGUAGGUGUAAAGGUUGGAAACAUAGUAAAGGGGCAUCGUCUUGUAGUAGAAAGCUUAACUUGGAUUGGGAAGGUGCUGAAAAAACAAUGGAAAGUGGUGAAGUUGACAAGGGUAAGGGUGUAGAAGGAUUUGUUGAUGAAUUUGUUGUAGUUGAUGCAGAAAAAGAGUUAAACAAAGAGAUUGAUGUGAAUGAAGAACUUGAUGUGAACAAAUCCAAUGGUGAGGGUGUAGAAGGAUUUGCAGAUGAGGGGUAUAGAGUUGUCAUGGAUAAUGAUCCUCAAGGAGUCAAUGAAUUUUCAACUAACAUCAACAUAGAUGAUGAGUUAAUGACAAACUUUCAACCUUUUGAAGGGUUUGAAGACCAAGAUAGCAUCCCAUUUAAUGGGUUUGAAGGCCAAGAUAAUAUUCCUUUCAAUGAUGAGUGGAGACAAGAGGAGCCUGAUGACAUUGAGUUUGAGAAUCAAAACAGUGAAGAUGAAGAUAGUGACUUUAUGAUUGAUGAGGACAACAUAAUUGAAGAUGUUGACGUUGACAUGGAGGAUUUUAAUCUAAAUAUUGAUACAGAAGCAGAGUUCAAUGGAUGUCAAAGAAUGGGUGGUCAAAGAAAUGAAGAUAGUGAUGAAGAAGAUGAUUUGGAGGUAAUUGACAAUGACGAGUGGGAUUCACUAAGUGAUGACUCAUGGGACAAAAGGAAAAGAAGAGAAAUGAUCAAAGAGCUGGGGAAACAAACCUUAUGUUCUGCUGGUGAGGUGCACAAGGUAGCUUUUCAUAUUGGGCAGAAAUAUAAAGCCAAGAAAGAAUUGAAAGAUAAAAUUGACCUGCAUGCUUUAGAGACAAGGAGGAAUAUCUCAUUCACAAAAAACGACAAGAGUAGAUUAACAACUGUUUGUGAUGGAACUGUAGUUUUAAAUGCAAAUGGGGUAGGUGGACCUACCUCUGGGAAAAAGGUAAAGGGUAAAGAUGUAAACUCAGAUAAAGUUAAAUGCACAUGGAAACUUCAUGCAUCUAGGUCAAGUGAACAGGACUAUUGGUUUAUUAAGACCUAUAAUCAGAAACACAUCUGCCUCCAAACACAAAAAAUUAGAUCUUGCACAACAACAUUUCUUUCUAAACGUGUUAUGGAUCAGAUUGAAGCUAAUCCUGGACUGCCUGUUCGUGCCCUACAAGAGCAACUCCAAUCAACUUAUGGAGUUAGUAUUUCAGAAGAAAAAGCAUUUAGGGCAAAAGCAUUAGCCACCAAAAAUGUUGCAGGGGAUUAA